AUGGCCACUAACUUCAUAAGGCGUUGCUCCCCACUCUUGAGGGGAGCGUACUGGUGGAGAUAUGCGCCGCAAGUGGAACGCAUUUCUGAGAAUUUUAGAUGUAAAUACACGGAUGCCAAUAAGUUUAAGGGAUUUAAGGGGAAAUAUAAGGCAAUGGCGGUUGGAGCGGAGGAAGAAGAUGAUCGAAGGGAUGAUUCGAAUCGGUUCGAUCUGGAUGACGCCGAAUAUGAUGCGGUGAUCAAUAGUGCAAUGCACGUUCAGAAGAGGGUUCAGAAUGAGCAGAAUGUCUUGGUGAUUCAACCAUAUGUUAAAUGGGGACCGAAGAGAGCGACAAGCCAGCCAGAGCAUCAACUUCAGGAAGCUGAAGCCCUGGUUCGCUCUUUGCCUAAGUGGAAGGUUGAAUGUAGCUUGAAGGUGCCGCUGGAGUCUCUAGAAAAAAGGCAGCUUUUCGGAGCAGGGAAGCUAGAAGAAAUUAAAACGAUGUUGAUGGAUUUACAGAGCUCAGGAAAAUUGAUAACGUGCAUCUUUAUCAGCAAGGGAACGCUCACAUUUGGACAAAAGCAAUUUUUGGAACAACAUUUCAAGCUUCCCGUGAUGGAUCGCUACUCGAUGGUGAUCCAGAUCCUGCGAUUACAUGCCAUCAGUACUGAAGCGAAGCUCCAGGUUGCAAUGGCAGAAAUACCCUACAUUUGGUCACAGAUGAAGGACCAGGAGUCGACGGGUUCCAAGGGACGAGUCUAUCUCACCGAGUCUCAGAAGCAAAUGUUACGACUCAGAGAGCGCAAGCUAAAGAACGAGCUGGCUACUAUUCGAUCGCAUAGGGAGUUGCUACGGAACAAACGCAAGCAGAAAGCUUACCCCAUUGUAGCCGUCGUUGGAUACACGAACGCUGGUAAGACCUCAUUGAUCAAAGCUCUAACGGAGGAGAAGUCCCUGGAACCAAAGGAUCAACUAUUUGCCACAUUGGACGUAACGGCUCACGCCGGUUUGCUGCCGUGCAAAUUGGAGGUACUUUUUAUGGAUACCGUUGGCUUCAUGGCAGACAUUCCCACCGGGUUGAUUGAGUGCUUCAUUGCUACCCUGGAAGAUGCCAUGCUGGCCGACGUGAUCGUUCAUGUUCAGGAUGUUUCGCACGAGAAUUUCCUCGAGCAAACGAAACACGUCGAAACGACGCUCAGUUCUCUGCUCAGGUCCUCCGGAAUGACCAACCAACCACAGUUGGACAACGUUAUCAACGUUGGUAAUAAGGUGGACCUUUUGGCGGCAGAUUCAAACGGUUUGAAGGGCAUCCAUCUGGUAUCGUCCAAGACCCUGCACGGCGUGAAUGAGCUGCUGGUGGAGAUUGAACGGAGGGUUUUGGAAGCAACUGGACGACAGAAGAUAAUCAUUCGUGUUCCGAUGGGCGGCGCGGAGGUCGCCUGGCUGUACAAGAAUGCUGCCGUGACGGAAACGGCCGCUGAUCCCAAUGAUAGCCAACGGAUGUUGGUCAGUGCGGUCAUUACGGACGCGAAACUACAGCAGUUUAGGCAUCAAUUCGUUAAGCGUAGAGGGUGAAUUACAUGUGAAGGGGUAGAACAUUGUACGGAGAGAGAAAU